AUGUCUGAACAUAUUUCUAAAACAAAACAAUCUAUUGGAGAAGAUUUCUCUGUUUUUAGACAAAAAACAAGGGAGGUAUUCACCUCGAAAUCACAACUUCCAAAAGAUAGUGCUGAACUAACUGGUUAUAAAAGUGAAUCACAUAGAGUAAAAAAUAACUAUUCUCAAUUGUAUGAUGCAUCAAAGAAUUGGAUAGAUUCACUUUCUAGAUUAAAGAUUAGGGGUGAUCUAUUAACUCAAUCAUUCGGAGCUUUCAAUGAACAUCAUAUUCACAGAGGUGGAGCGUCUCUAUUAGAAGCAUCGAAAAUAUUUAAAGAUCUUCAUAAAGUUAUUAAUGACACUUUGGCUGAAGAAAAACUUAAUACUGAGAGAUUAAGAUAUGAAGAUGCUAAGCACACUAUGAACGCAAAGGGAACUGCCUCUCCAAACACUGUUAUGAGAGCAAAUGCUUCCUACUACAAUGAUAGCAUUGACAACUACUCUGGUCUAAUCAAAGAGAUCAACAAAAAGACCGAGUCAGAGAUGUACAAAAACUUUAAGGUACUAAUUGAAGAGUUACAUAAAUAUUAUAGAGAUGGUAAUCAAGUAUUCUCUGGUGAUGUAAAUAUAAGAGUGCUACCAAUUGAGAAUCAACUCCCAGGUAGAUCAUCUCCACAUAUCAAACAUGUCUCUAGAUUCGAUGGUGGAGAUCGUGUCGAUCUAGAGAAGUCGGGUGGAGAUAGUACCAAUCUACAUAAUUCCAAUCGUAGUAUUCCAGAGUAUCGUCAUGAGGUGCCAGUAACUACCACUGUGACAACCACUACCACCAACUAUCCAGCUGCACCCGGUGUUGAAGGUGUUACCACUGGCUCUCAGCCACCUCUUCAAACCACAGAGACAACCUAUGAGAAGGUAACAAAGUAUGGCGUUGAUCCAAAGGAAGUAGCCUACGUAGAACGCGAAACACAGAAACAAGUUCAAACAAGUCAGCUUGAUCCAGUGGCAAUCGGCGGUUCUUCGGCAACUCCAUCGGCUUCGGACAUCGCUUCCGACUUGAGCAGUCUCAAUGUUUCACAAGAACCACCAUCAACAACAACAACCUACGUUCCUGCUGCGUCAACAACAACCACCACUUAUGAGCCAUUGGAAUCUACUACCGCUGCCACCAAUGCACCACCCAUCUUUCAGCAACAACCACCUACCUAUGAACCAGUAGCUGCAUCUGUACCACCCAUCUUUCAGCAACCACAACAACCACCUACCUAUGAACCAGUAGCUGCAGCUGCACCACCCAUCUUUCAGCAACAACAACAACCACCUACCUAUGAACCAGUAGCUGCACCAGCUCCAACAAAAGAUACCAUUGGAACAUUGAAUACCGGUCCAACACCACACUUCCAAGAGGAAUCGAUUCAAGCCAUUCCACCACAAGCCGACAACAAGCCCGAGGAGCCAACCUACUCGAACCCAUCGGUUUCGCUUGCCAAUGAAAUUCCAGACCCAAAGUAUCAAUAA